GGAUAUAUUUAAUAAUAGAUUGGUGUGACUCUUUAAUACAAGAAAAUGGAAACUGAACAGCCAGAGGAAACCUUUCCCAACACUAAAACCAAUGGCAAAUUUGGUAAACGCCCUGCUGAAGAUAUGGAAGAGGAACAAGCUUUUAAAAGAUCUAGAAGCACUGAUGAGAUGGUUGAAUUACGCAUUCUGCUUCAGAGCAAGAAUGCUAGGGCAGUGAUUGGAAAAGAAGGCAAGAAUAUUAAGGCUCUCCGUACAGACUACAAUGCCAGUGUUUCAGUCCCAGACAGCAGUGGCCCCGAGCACAUAUUGAGUAUCAGUGCUGAUAUUGAAACAAUUGGAGAAAUUCUGAAGAAAAUCAUCCCUACCUUGGAAGAGGGCCUGCAGUUGCCAUCACCCACUGCAACCAGCCAGCUCCCGCUCGAAUCUGAUGCUGUGGAAUGCUUAAAUUACCAACACUCUAAAGGAAGCGACUUUGACUGUGAGUUGAGACUGUUGAUUCAUCAGAGUCUGGCUGGAGAAGUUAUUGGGGUCAAAGGUGCUAAAAUAAAAGAACUUCGAGAGAACACUCAGACAACAAUCAAGCUUUUCCAGGAAUGUUGUCCUCAAUCCACUGACAGAGUCGUUCUUAUUGGAGGAAAACCUGAUAGGGUUGUAGAGUGCAUAAAGAUCAUCCUUGAUCUUAUAUCAGAGUCUCCCAUCAAAGGACGUGCUCAGCCUUAUAAUCCCAAUUUUUACGAUGAAACCUAUGAUUAUGGUGGUUUUACAAUGAUGUUCAAUGACCGCGGAUGUCCCGUGGGAUUUCCCAUGUAGGGAAGAGGUGGUUUUGACAGAAUGCCUCCUGGUCGGGGUGGGCAUCCCAUGCCUCCAUCCAGAAGGGAUUAUGAUUAUAUGAGCCCUCGCCGAGGACCUCCUCCACCUCCUUCUGGACGAGGGGGCCGGGGUGGUGGCAGAGCUCGGAAUCUUCCUCUUCCUCCACCACCACCACCUAGAGGAGGAGAGCUAAUGGCCUAUGACAGAAGAGGAAGACCUGGAGACCGUUAUGAUGGCAUGGUUGGUUUCAGUGCUGAUGAAACCUGGGACUCUGCAAUAGAUACAUGGAGCCCAUCAGACUGGCAGAUGACUUAUGAACCAGAGGGUGGCUCUGGAUAUGAUUAUUCCUAUGCAGGGGGUCGUGGCUCAUAUGGUAAUCUUGGCGGACCUAUUAUUACUACACAAGUAACUAUUUCCAAAGAUUUAGCUGGAUCUAUUAUUGGCAAAGGUGGUCAGCGGAUUAAACAAAUCCGUCAUGAGUCAGGAGCUUUGAUUAAAAUUGAUGAGCCUUUAGAAGGGUCCGAAGAUCAGAUCAUUACCAUUAUAGGAACACAGGACCAGAUACAGAAUGCACAAUAUUUGCUGCAGGACACUGUGAAGCAGUAUGCAGAUGCUGAAGGAUUAUAAUGCAAGAUAUUUUUUCUUUUUUAUAGUGUGAAGCAGUGUUCUGGAAAGUUUAUCUAAGACUAGUGAAGAACUGAAGGAGUCCUGCAUCUUUUUUUUUUAUCUGCUUCUGUUUAAAAAGCCAACAUUCCUCUGCUUCAUAGGUGUUCUGCAUUUGAGAUGCAGUGAAAU